AUGCGUGUUCUUGCUGGCUUUUUGGCCCUUACGGCUAGCCAUAUUCCCAUGGCAGUGGGUCUUGUCUAUCUUGCCAACCUCACAAACACUCCGGAAGGCCUUUCCAGCUCCUGUAUCCAGGUGCUGAAUCAAGGAGUCGACUCGUUCUACGAAACUGAUGCGGUAUUGGAAUCUUUAUGCACAACCGCGUGCACUACCGCUCUCACGACGUAUCAGCGGAGAAUUGCCGGCGCAUGCGGCACCAGCAGGUAUACUAACCAUGAAGAAUGGUCGUAUCUAGCUACAUACGACUUUCAAGAGCGCUAUGAGGCGUACCAAGCUGUCUGUCUCCAGGACUUGUCUGGCCGAAGAUGCAACGCCGCGAUUCGUGACGCUCUUCACAUCGAUCCAGAAGCGAUGACAACUUCAGCGGCCCCAGAGCCGACUCUUGCCUGCGACAAUUGUUUCCUCUCGAGCAUUGCGUUGCGCAUUCAACAACCCCUUGCGACUGACGAAUUAAUGGUAUCGAAGUUAUCUUCUUUAACUGCAUCUUACGGUAGCACUACGAUAGCCAUUACAACUCCAGUAGAGUCAACCUGGGCAGUACCCCCGACCUCUGAGCCUACAUCAACUCCCGAAUGCUUGGGAACCACAUACACGAUCCAGUCUGGUGACACCUGCUUGAGCAUUUCCAAGAGCCGUGAGAUCAGUACCUCGCAGCUCCUGGCUGCUAACCACCUUCCGGCGUUCUGUUCCAACUUCCCUCGUACUGGAACGAUCUGCAUUCCCGACAACAUCUCCUGCAAGACGUUCGAGAUGGUCAAGGGCGACAAAUGUCGCGACGUAGCGUCGAAGAACGACAUCAGCUGGACGCAGGCUUGCGAACACAUCGAUAACUUUGCGUCCAGAGGCUACAUUCUCUGCGCCUCGAAUCCCGGAGGAUCCUGGGUGCACCUAUUCCCCGAGGAUGAGGUCGACAUGCCUUCGCCAAAGACAACCGCCAUUCACCCCACACCCACUGUGGAUUUCGAGACUUUCGAAGCAAUGCCGAGCCCAACACGCGCAGAUUUGCUUCCUAACCUUGGCGCGCUGAAGCCCCUGGCGAACGGAACACUUAAGGACUGCGCAAACUACGCAGAGGCUCCGAUUGAACUGAACGGAACGAUCACAUAUGACUGCCUGGAUGUCGCCGAAAUCUACGACAUCAACGUGGACGAAUUCGAGCAGUGGAACCCAGAUCUCUCAAUCACGCCCGGCCUCGAGAGUGCCUGCGAGCUCCAAGGUGGAUACCGCUACUGCGUUGCGCCCGACGAGCGCCGUUGGCCAGAUAUGACCGAUUACUGCAUCCGGGAGACCAUUGUUGAGCCCGGGUGGAGUUGCGCGGACUACGCUUUCUGGUUCGGAAUCAAUCCAAGAGACCUAAACGAGUGGAAUCCGAAUAUUGGCGAAGAAUGCGAGAACUUCCGCGCAAGGAUGUUAAAUUUCUACGGUUACAUGUUCUGUACGGGUGUCAAACAUUUCCGCCCUAAAGGUUAG